AAAAUCAUGUGCACAAUCACAUUUGGACCUGAUAACACAACAAAUAAUGGAGCCCCACUGGAUAAAGCAAGCAACAAAUUCAAAUUUGUAUUCAUACAGAGCUUAUGUUUUAUAUUGUGGACUUAAAGCUCUAGGAUAUUGGUACAAGGAAUCAAAAACGUAAUCUUGAAGUAGCAAAAAGAAUGGCAAAAUAAUGGCCAGGUGGCUGUGGGUUUUGCUUACACAACAAAACCACUAAGAAAUCAGAGACCAUUAUUGUCAGAGUUCUUUUUGAAGCAUGUGUAGAAAGUUUGUGUCAUCUCUAAAUCAUAAUUUGAUGAGGAAUUGUGGACCAAGGACUAGAUAAGCAAUAGCAUAUCCACAUAAGCACAUUGGCUGAAUUGGUAAAGUUAUUACACUAUAAAAAAAAUUCUGAAACAGCGUUUUUGUGCAUAUAUAUUUGAUCCCACAGCAAAGAUUCAACUCGAAGCAUUCAAAACUUAUGUAUUAGCAUUUAUUUCCAUAUGCUCCCUAGGCAGUGAUAAAGGGCAAAAGAAAGAGCUGAUGGCAGACAGAAGACUGAUUUUUGUAGUAGUCUUCUUUUCCCUGCUUUCUGGUACAUUCUCAGACUUUGCAGCAGACCAGAAAGAAUGUGGAUCUCAGCUUGUAACACUCUCAUCAUGUAUACAAUAUGUGCAAGGCUCUAAUAAAAUACCCACUAAAGAUUGCUGUGAUGGCCUUCUACAAAUUCACAAAAGCAACCCAAAGUGUCUCUGUGUUCUCAUUAAGGACAGCUCAAAUCCACAGCUGGGGAUAUCGAUUAAUCUUACUUUGGCCUUGGAGCUUCCCAUGAUCUGUAAAGUGCAAACGAACAUCUCCACCUGCCCAGCCCUGCUCCACAUGUCUCCAAGCUCCCCAGAGGCUCAGGUCUUUAACAGCACUGCCACUUCUUCACCUGUGUCAGCAGCUCGAAACACAAGUACCUCUUCCAAUUCUAGCAGCACUUCAUCAAGUGAAAGCUCCAGCUCAGCUAAUACCUUCAAUGUUUUGGCCUGGACUUGUUGUGGGCUUGCCUUAUUUCAUCUUUUCUCUUUACAGGGAUGCAAUGUAUUUGCUCUGAUAUUGGGUAUUCAAAAUUAGAGAUUUAUUCAACAAAGCUCUCGUGACACCUUUGUUUUGUUGCCCAAUACACAAGUCUAUUUUAGGUGUUGUAAUACCCUUCUUUUAUUCUCUGUCACCUGUCACCUUGAUUUGACAGAAAAAGAAAACUAUGUUUUGGGUAGUUGUGAUUCUCUACCUAUUUCAUGCAGCAACAAGCUUAUAAAUAGUGUUGACAGAUAUUUGAAUAGUAGGUGGUUUUCCACAUCAUUCUCAA